GACAUCAAUCCGUUAGGUGCUAUCAAGACAGCAAUGAAAAGAAUACCUCCUGGUUGGGACGACGCUUGGAUUCCAUCAGAGCGAAUUUCAUUGAUCGACUCAUUGAUAGCGCAUACUAGUUCAGCUGCUCGUGGAUGCUUUCUUGAAAAUUAUUUAGGAUCACUGUCUCCUGGGAAACUGGCAGAUUUUGUCAUAUUGUCGACUUCUUCAUGGGAGGACUUCACAGCAGAAGGGACUGCAUCUGUUGAGGCGACAUAUGUCUCCGGUAUGCAGGCACAUCCUUAGAAGCCUAAAUUUGUUCCAAAUACCGGUACAAUCAGAGACAGAAUAAGCUUCAGUGGCAUCAAUGAACAAGGCAUCAAGCUGCCUCUCCUGUAAUAACUAAAACAAAACUGCUGUAAAUUACCCAGAUGUAGUAUGAAAAAUUUGUAGAGUUUAUUUCUUGAUUAUUUGAAGGCGAUUGUAAUAAUAUUCACUAUUGUGGGGCCGUUUGGAUCGGGUUAAUAUUAGAUAAUUGGGGUAAUAUUUUUUAAAUUGAGCAGAUGACGAUGUUUGGUUGGUUUGUAAAAAUUUAUUGCCGGAAUAUUUUAUGACAAACAGUAGUAUUUGGGAGGUAUAUUUCCCCGGGGAGGAGGGGCUGUGGAGGCUGUUAUUAAAACUUACCUUGAUAUUACAAUUUUUUUUUU